GCUGUCUUAUUUAUCCAAUAUGGUUAGUUGUAGAGAUGACACGAGCUCUGAAAAAUACCAUAAAUAUACAUAUAACCUCACUUUUUAAUGCUAAUAGUUUUUCAUGAAAUAAUUUAAAAAAUAUAUAUUUUUUAAGUAUGCGUUAUUAUUAUAUAAAUUCGGAAAGAAUUUUUUUGUGGAAUAAAAACAUUGAUGAUAUUCUGAGCUUAGACAUUGAGAGCAUAUUAUCAUCUGCCAUAUUUAGUGCUAAAAUAGUUUGAUUUGCGAGGUCCAAAGGCAUGAUUUUUAUUUUCAAGCGCAUUUUGAAUGUAUCGAUUAUCGUAGGUUUAUUUAUACACCCACUACACACUAUCAGUGGUACAGUUCCAUUUUACAUAUAUGUAUGUACGUACCAUAUAUAAAUAAAAGUUGUAUAAGGAGAAUCUCCCAAAACCUGUGCUGACAUCAUUAUUAGUUGUACAUAAUGGGGCGCAACAUUGUUGCGUUUCCUGAUUAGGCGAUUAUAAAUACAAAUAAAAAUAUAUAAGCCCAAAUAUGAAGACAUCAACUGAUUCCGGCACCUCUCUUUAAUCAAUCAUAAUAUAAAAACGAGGAAAGUGAAUUUACUUUUGUUGAAAUGCAUUCAGCUUAUAUACAUAUGUAAGUAAGUGUGUGUGUAAUGGUCCAAUAGUCCUAACAACUUGUCUUAAACGUGUUUCGGAGAUAUAAAGCGACGCAUAUUACGAAGCAGAUCAAACAAAAUAACAAAAUGUACGAACUUUUAGACGAAAUGUCUGCAUUUGUGGACAUAACAAGACGUAAUUGACCAUUGCAUCUUUGUGAAGAUCAUACUAAUGAUAUUGAAACGAAAAAACACUAGAGUUCAUUAGAGGAAAUACAUUUUCCUUUUUACCAUUGUGUAUAAAAGCUCUUACCAAGCAUUGUUCGCGGUUAUAAACGAUUAAAAAGCGUGCAGUAACGGUCAAACGGUAAACUAAAAAAAUAGUCGUUCGAAAUAAAAGGAAAAUAUUGGUUUGAAGAAAAUGAAUUUUUGCAUUAUAUAUUCCUUCGUAAUAAUAGUACUCACACUUGUUGAUGCAUCUACAAUAGCUACAAAUAACCAUGAUUCAAAUACUGAAGAUUUAAACAUUUUUGGCACAAAGAUCAGCGAUCCAAAAUCUAUCGGUCAAGUUAAGAGGGACACAAGUCUUAGCUAUGCAGCGACAAACAUUGAUUCCAAGGAAGGGACACGUGUAAAAACUAUAACUGUUAUUAAAAAUCACAGUGGGAAAAAUAAUGGGAAAUUAGUUAUUAAUCCAAAUUUGCAUAAGAAUGAGGAUUGGGCGAAUGCUUUUAGAGAUAAUUUCGAUAGCUAUGGCGGUAUACCAGACGUACCGGAUAUAGAUGAACUCUUUGAUUUUGUAAAAAAUAAACCUAAGGAUGAUAAAAAUGACGAGAAGAAAGAAGUUACGAAUUUGAAACCAAAGGACGUUACAAGAAAGGAAAGCACAAUGCCAACUGCAGAGGCUUCAUCAGAAAUUGAAGCUACUACUACUACUCCAAUAGUGGUAAAGAUUAAAGGUGAUGCAGAGAUAAUACCAGGAUUAAAAAAGAAUCAGACAAAUGCACGUUCGCAAUCAUUGGGUGUAAAUAAAGAGUUAACGCGUGAGGCAUUAAAUAAUACAAAUUAUACCUCACCGAAGAACAUUUAUUUUGAGAAAUAUAUACAGGAUGUUUCGAGAGGCUACGAUUACCUCAAACCCUGUCCUCAAGGUGGAAAAGGUGUUGUUAGUAUUACAAACCCAUCUUCGGGCCGUUCCUAUGAUAUACCAGUAUCAGAAGAUUCACCAGGCACGCCAUACAUAGCACCGUCCAUCACUAAGAAAACCCAGGUGUCAGGAUCUCAGCCGCAACCGAACAGUACACAAAAUGUAGCAUCUACUUUUGUGCGUCCGAAUUUUUCCGUUAACUCCAUCUUACCUUCACUUCAACCAACGUCUCCGAAUCCAACAAGUCAGGAUCAAGGAGGGAGUUUUUACACCAGUCAACGGCCGUAUGUUGCACCCAAUUUACGGAGUGGGUUUAAUGCUAAUGGUGCCACGACACCUCGAACAUUAUAUAGAAGUGAUAUUGGCACCUAUCGUGGAAGUUCGUUUUUAUUAGGUGCAAAUAGGGCGAAUUUAGCCAGAUCCCGUGGCUUAAAGUAUCGAUAAGACUAAAUUAUAUAAUAAAAAUGCAAAUGCCUUUAACAUAGAUACAAAUGCAAAUGUUUAUAUAAGAAAUUUGCAUGUGGAUAUUGAAACGAUCGAAAAAAAAGUUUUUACACAACUGUUGUAUGCACUUAUGUAUGUAAUCAUAAAGGAUACGCAAUCUUUGAAAUUCAAUACGCAAACUGUGAGAAAAAUUACAUCUCUUCUUAUAUUUUUCGUUUAAUAUAUAUUUCGUUUACAUUUACCUAUUUCCUAAUCGAAGCUAUAUGUUAUUUCAUACAUAUUACACUAUGGUUUGCUUUAGGCAGAGUUCAAAGAGUAAGAGAAAGUAUCUAUUGCUGCAACUUCCGUUUGACAUUUUUUAAAUAGUAAAAAAUAAAAAAUAUAAAUAAGAAUGCAACUACUAAGCAUUUAGUUAGUUUAAGAAAAGUUAAAUAAUGUAAAUAAAACCAAAAGGGGAACAAAAAUUGGAACAUAUUAUUUUAAAUUGAGAUUAUGAUUGCUUUUGAAGGCAAAUAAUGUGGUUCGGGAACACUUAUGUGCCGCACAAACUGGUACAGUUAUACCAAUUAUUUUUAAACAGUAACACCAAUAAAACAAAUACUUUAAGGUAGCAGUCUGGUAAUUUGAUUUCGAAAGUUCGAUUUUUUUUCAAAAGUACUAUACAUAUAUUAUAUUAAGAAAACACUGUAAAAAUUUUAGAACGAAAAUCUAAAUAUUGACGAAGUUAUAGCACCUACAAAGAUGAAAUGAUCCGAAACUUGUUGAUUCGAGAGAGAGCUGCCAAAACCCACAUUUUUUAAAACAUUUGUCAAUCAUGCCACUUUCUAGAGAAAAAGGAUUGAGUAUUUUAAAAAUAACUUCUGGGUAUUUUACAUUUCGUUAUUAUUUUUAGGUGCUCGGUUCCUGAGUAGGCCUAUAUAACGCAUAUACAUCCCUAAAUAUGUGUAUUCAUAUUAUAAAAUUUUUAAAACAUCAUAUAAAAUAAAAAAAUUAUAUAUAAAUAAAAAAAAUUAUAACAAAGAAAUAAUACAACUCAUAAUAAAAUAUCAUGGUUUUAUGAUUAACGUUUUCAAUUAAAUUAGCAAAAUAAAUUUAGUUGCACGUUCCUUGAAAUUUCGUUUCGCACUGCUUCUGUUAGUUAUUUUUUUCGGGUUUAUUUAUGGCUUCCCGCCUUUUUUGAUAUCAGCGGUUCAAAAUUCCCUAAUCUUAAUAAUCAGGGAAAGAGAAUAACAGAAAAAUUUGGGAAAAUGAGUCUCGCAUCAUGUCAUCCUUGGCACCUAUACGUGAGCGUCUCGUAGUACUACGCGCUGAGCCGCACGGUAGUUGCAAGUUGUCAGAAUUAGUCGCAAGUCAGAAAAAGUGAAUAACAAUGAGGCCUAAGAAGUUAAACGUUUAUUAUACGCUCCAGGGAUAGACGAUUGGAAUGCAGUAUAAUAUAUAAUAAUAAAUAUAAUGCGAUGAAAAAUAUUUAAUCUGUUUUUGAAACUUUAAACGCGAUUUUCUCGAAACAACGUUUUUACGGUCGACCCGUAUGAUAAAAAAAAUUUCUUUCCAAUUGGGCUGAAAUUUUAAUAUUAUUCUACUCAUCAAUAGCUCUUUUUCCAUUUUUUAUUGUUUAAUCCACCCAGAAUGACAAGCUCACAGAACAGUAAUAUUUUUAAUGUUUGUUGUAUCGUUAGAAAACAUUUUGCAACUAAUUUUAAAGAUUGCUGACGAAUCAACAGUUAUUAGCCGAUUAUAAAUCAGAAUCUGACCCGGUUACGUACAUCUGACUGCUAUGGGAACGGCAGUUUUCCAUGUAUUUAUUGUAAAUAAAUAAGGAAUAUAACUGAAAUUGUUUUCUUAAUGCAUUUUUAGCAAUAUUAAUAUCAAUAUUUUGGUGAGGUUUGAGCUUCAUGCACGCUGUAACCUACUCAAUUAAUGAUUUAUAGUAAAAAUAAUUAAUAAAUGUAUACGUGGUAUUAACGCAGCCGCAGAACAAUCAAUACUGUGCAAAUUAUUAUCUCCGGUGGUUGUUCCUUAUGCAUUAAAUCACACACCGUUUCAAUAAUGAACUUCGCAAUAUAUUGUUAAUGAUAUGCACACAACUAUUUUAUUAUUAUAAAUGAGUUUAGGGCUUUGUUGAAUACAAAUAAAAAUUAUUGUACACUUUCGUUUUAGUAGCGUCGAACGUAGCGCUGCAAAGCGUACAAACGGCGGCGUCACACUUUUUCACUCAUUACGACAUUUUUAGAAAGUUUCAUUGAACGUUACUCACCACUAA